GUGCUCUGGCGUGUGUGGCUAAGAGGGCUCCGCUUCUAAGGGAGAAGGCGAGAGCCUGUGGAACUCCCGGCCUCCACCUUCCCGCUGGGCUUUGCGCUGGGAAGGAGUGCGGGGGGACGAUACUGCGUAGUCACCCGGGGCCCGGAGUCUGAUGCAGCUCUGCCCGCAGCAUCAUGGUGCCUUUCCGCAUCCGCGAGUACCGAGACGAGGAUUACGAGGCGGUCCGUGACCUGUUUGCCACGGGGAUGAGCGAGUACGUGCCCACGUUGUGCGUCCACAUGCUGAAGCAGCCAUGGGUGAUCCUCCUCCUGGCCUGCACCUUCUGCCUGCUGCUCACCAGCUCCAAAUCCCUCCUCCUGCCCAUCCUCGCCGUCACUCUGCUGCUGGCCAUGGGGCGGCAGCUGCUGGGCUAUGUCUGGUCCCGGUACAUCGACCACUGCUUGCAAGAGGACCUGCUGGACAUCCAGGCAACGUACAUGCAAGUCAAAGGCUCCUGCUUCUGGGUGGCGGAGGCGGACGAGUGCGUGGUGGCCACGGUGGGGGCCCGGCCCUCCGAGGAGCACCGACAGGAGCUCAUGCUAAAGCGCAUGUCAGUCCGCAAGGAUUAUCGAGGCGUCGGCAUCGCCAAGGCACUUUGCAAGACGGUCAUCUCCUUCGCCCGGGAGCACGGCUACCGGUCGGUGGUGCUCAACACCUUAAUGGUGCAGCACGAAGCCCGCGCCCUGUACAGCAGCGUCGGUUUCCGCGUGUACCACCACUACGUCUUGCCCACCUUCUACGGCAAUUUGGCCAACUGCGUUGUCUCGAAGCAUCGAUACGACAUUCCCUCUGUGGGCUGAGGAGGGAGCCGGAACCCGGAUCGUGGCCGGUGACCAGACUUGGUGUUUCAACCUGUUGGUCCCUCAGGCAGCAGAUUCCAUGGAAUGAAGAGAAUGGGAACGAGCCACUUUUUGGUGUUGGGUACAAAGCUCCCUCUAAGCUGUGGAGUCUCGUGAGCAAAGAUUCUACUUUGUGAGCU